AUGUUUUCAUACGAUUCCCUCCCACCACCCAAAUCUUUCUUAACAGCCGCCGCAUCCUUCACUGCCUCUGCCCUCCUCUUCAGAACCAUCGCUUCCGAUCUCAUUCCAACCGAGCACAUCAAAUCCCUCUUCAAACGCUUCUCCACCCAACUCACCGUCGUCAUCGAAGAAUCCGAUGGCCUCACCCCCAACCAACUCUUCGAAGCUGCCAACAUUUAUUUGGGCACCAAGUUAUCUCCCUCCACACACCGAAUCAAAGCCAAUAAAGCUGAAAAAGACGACGAACUCACAGUCACAGUCGAUCGCAACCAACCCAUAAUCGAUGUCUUCCAAAACGUCAAAUGCACCUGGGUUUUGCAAACCGAAGUAAUCGAGGUCGAUCACAACUCGAAUUCUCGGUCUGAACUUAAAUUCUUUGAAUUAGAUUUUCACAAGAAGCAUAAGGAAACAGUGUUGAAGGAUUACCUGCCUUAUGUAUUGAAAAAAGCUACGGAGAUCAAGGAUGCGAAUAAAGCAGUGAAGCUGCAUACGGUGGAUUAUUACAGCGGAACCGAUUACUGGAGCCCGGUGGUUCUGAACCACCCGGCGACAUUCGAAUCCAUGGCUAUGGAUCUAGACAAGAAGGUAGAGCUUAUGGAGGAUCUUGAUAUGUUCGUAAGGAGGAAAGAGUAUUACAGAAGGGUGGGGAGGGCUUGGAAACGAGGGUAUUUGUUUUACGGACCACCUGGAACUGGAAAAUCAAGCUUAAUUGCAGCCAUGGCCAACUAUCUCAAGUUCGACGUCUAUGAUUUGGAUUUAAAGGAGGUGCGAGGCAAUUCCGAUCUAAGGAAAAUGCUGGUUGGCACAAAGAAUCGAUCUAUCAUUGUGAUCGAGGACAUUGAUGCCUGCGGUGUAGGAUUACAGAGUCGAGAAACAGAGAACGAUGCUUCAAAUUCAAACGAGGAAGACGAUAAGAGUAAAUCCUUUUAA